AUGAAUAUCACUGACAUUGACGAUAAGAUCAUCUUAAAGGCGCGAAAGGGCGAGCUUGUUCGACAAUACUCCAGUAGCCAUCACAGCCUUGAGAAGGUCAAGGCAGACUGUGGAGUCGUAGUGGAGAGGAAUGUACAGAAGGCCCAUCAAAAGUUGACUGAAAUGAAGGCUGAGAAUAUCGAUCCCUCUUCCCGAGAAUUCGAGGAGCAUGCAACUCUUGUGGCCCAACAGGAAAUGAAAGUUGAGCAGGCCGAAGCUCUCAAGCUCAAAUUCGACACGCUUUCGGCAUCUCCUUCCACUGACGGUCAGCGUUUCAUCACUCUCUGCCGAGAUCUCCUCGCUGACUGGCUUGAUGAGCAGUUCGGGGCUACUAUCGAGGAUAAGGAGAUAUUCUACGCUCAUGCUAGGAAGUAUGAGAAGGAGUUCCUUGAAGACUGCGAGUCGUUGGGUAUAAGAGAGCCAACGGUCAUGACUCGCAUUACAGAGUGA